AUGGUUUCUCCAACUCCAACACCGACAYUACUCCAACCCACACUACCGAUGUCGAAAUCGCAGAAGAGGAAACAAGAACGAAGGGAACUGAGUCUCCAGGCGGCCGUUCUUGAGCUCGACUUGAACGAUCCAAGAUUUCUGGACGAGAAGAUCCAGGUCGAGUCGGCCUUGCAAUACAAUUUCAAGGAUCUUAUAUUACUCCGAGAAGCCAUGUAUACACUCAAAUGGUACGCGGCGCGACUACCGAACGGUGUACUGCUCAAAGAGGCGAAUUAUGGUUUGGCACAAUACGGAGACGGCGUUCUCCGUGACGUGCUCUUAGCCUGCUGGUUUGGUCAACUGGGGCCGGAYAACACAAGGAUGCUUAUCGGCAAGGUCCAGCAACGCGUUCAGGCGGUCAUCACAGACAAGUACCUGAAGAAGGUGGCCGAUGAUCACGGCAUCACCGACCUCAUCCGGAAAUGGUACCCCACUGCCAUGAUGAAGGAACCGGGCGAGAAGGGAAUCGCAACCACCAUUGAAGCACUCAUUGGAGCGGUUGCUAUUGACUCGGGCGGAGACCGCGAAGUUUUGCGCAAGCUUCUGGUGAGACUGCUCGGGGUGGAACUUUGA